AAUUUGACUCUCUGAUUGCUGAUACACUUCGCUACCUGGAAGGCUGGAACUCCUAAUCCUCGCUUAGAGUUCACCUUGAGCUCAGCUCUUAUGGCGGAGACGGAGCAAAAGAACAUGGAAAUCCUAACCUUAGAAUCAAACAAGUCAGAAACGUUAGUAGAUGGAAAUCUCCUAGUUGCUCGAGCUCUUGCCCGUGCUGGGGUUGAUUACAUGUUCGGAGUUGUUGGGAUUCCAGUAACCUCUCUUGCAAACCGUGCCGUUUCUCUCGGCAUACGAUUCAUCGCCUUCCACAAUGAGCAAUCCGCCGGAUAUGCUGCCUCUGCGUACGGCUACCUCACCGGUCGACCUGGAGUUCUCCUUACCGUUUCGGGUCCUGGCUGCGUACACGGGCUUGCUGGGCUCUCCAACGCUGCAGUUAAUACAUGGCCGAUGGUCAUGAUCUCUGGCUCCUGUGAUCAGAAGGAUUUCGGUAGGGGAGAUUUUCAGGAGCUUGAUCAGAUUGCUGCCGUGAAACCCUUUGUGAAAUUCGCCGCGAAGGUGACUGAUAUUUCAGAAAUCCCUACUCACGUUUUCGAUGUCAUCACUCACGCAAUCUCGGGGAGGCCUGGUGGUUGCUACUUGGAUCUCCCAUCCGAUGUUCUCCACCAAACGGUUUCGGAGUCUGAAGCUGCUAAGCUCUUGGCUGCGGCCGAGAAUUCCAGGACUGGACAAACAAUUGGAAAGACUAUUGGAAGCCUAGAAAUUGAGAACGCAGUGUCUUUGCUCCGACACGCCGACCGGCCUCUAAUUGUGUUUGGGAAAGGUUCAGCUUUUGCUCGAGCCGAGAAUGAACUGAAAAAGUUGGUUGAAUCAACGGGAAUCCCCUUCUUGCCCACACCCAUGGGGAAGGGAUUAUUACCUGACACACACGAACUAGCUGCGACGGCCGCAAGGUCACUUGCAAUUGGUCGCUGUGAUGUUGCACUCGUUGUGGGUGCGCGGCUUAACUGGUUAUUGCACUUUGGCGAGCCUCCUAGAUGGUCUAAGGACGUGAAAUUUAUUCUGGUUGAUAUCUCUGAGGAAGAAAUUGAGCUUCGGAAACCAUACCUGGGUUUGGUUGGUGAUGCUCGUCUUAUUGUGGGCUUGAUAAAUAGAGAGAUUAAGGAUGAUCCAUUCUGUUUAGGGAAGUCUCAUCCUUGGGUUGAAGCAAUUUCGAAGAAGGCAAAGGAGAACGUGUCAAGGAUGGAAUUGCAGUUGGCAAAGGAUAUCGUGCCGUUUAACUUCCUUACACCGAUGAGGAUUAUAAGGGAUGCAAUUCUUGCAGAGGGGAGCCCUGCUCCGAUUUUGGUCUCGGAAGGUGCAAACACGAUGGAUGUUGGUCGGUCUGUACUGGUUCAGACGGAGCCAAGGACUAGGUUGGAUGCAGGGACUUGGGGAACAAUGGGAGUUGGUCUGGGUUACUGCAUUGCUGCUGCUGUGGCAUCACCUGGUCGCCUCGUAGUUGCUGUUGAAGGGGAUUCUGGAUUUGGGUUUAGUGCCAUGGAAGUCGAGACAGUGGUGCGGUACCAGUUACCUGUGGUUGUGGUUGUUUUUAACAAUGGUGGUGUAUAUGGUGGCGAUAGGAGAAACCCUGAAGAAAUUCAAGGGCCUUACAAAGAUGACCCAGCACCCACAUCUUUUGUCCCUGAUGCAGCAUAUCAUAUCCUAAUUGAGGCUUUUGGUGGAAAAGGUUACCUUGUUGGAACACCUGAAGAACUCAAGGCUGCACUUGCUGAAUCAUUUUCUGCAAAGAAGCCAACUGUAAUAAAUGUCAGGAUUGAUCCCUAUGCUGGUGCAGAAAGCGGGAGACUGCAGCAUAAGAACUGAGCAGUAGCCUCAAACUCCAUCAACCAAGAUCAUGAUCAAAUUCUACAAGUAGGCCCUCAGCAAGGACCGACCAUGAUUACAACUCUACAACAACAUUUACCAUACUAAGCAUGCAGCUUGUGGAUGCUGGGCACCUACGGUUGUGUCACAUGUUUAAUAAUGCAGGAAAUUGUACAAGUAGCAUUAAAUGCUGGAACUGAUGGUAUUAGUUGUGUUGCAUGACUUGGAUGUAUCAUGCAUGUUACCUUUAUAUCAAUUUGAGAAGCAGGUUUACUUUUGUGCUCA